CAUUCCAUCACCAGAGAGAGGCUAACAGGGCAUGAAUGUAAACAAAAAAUGGCUGACCUGAUAAGCCCAAGCGUGUUAAACUUACAGGGAAAAUCACAUUUUCAUUGUUGUGUUCCACUAUGUUAUUCAGAUUCUAGAUAUGAUAAUACAAUUCAUUUUCAUAAAAUACCUAAAGAUGUGAGUUUAAAAAAAGAAUGGAUUGUGAAAAUUAGACGAGAUGAAGGAGAAUAUUUCAAGAUCAAUAGGACAACAGUUGUUUGUUCGAAACAUUUCACACGAGAAGAUUAUCGAUCAUGGACACCAGUUCGAAAAUGUCUAAAGAAAACAGCUGUACCCUCAGUAUUUGACUGGAGUAGUAACAGACCAGCAAGACGAACAUUGAAGAGGAAGAUUUUGUCAGAUGAAAGUCCUACCAUAGAUGGCAGUCAUACCAUGGCCGCAGAUGGACAAAUGGAAUUAGAACAGCCUUUAAUUGCAACACCUCUUAACAUAACAGAUGAAAAAGAAAUUAUAACAAAGUUGAAAGAAGAAUUACAGAAAAUUAAAGAAGAAAACAAACAGUUAAAAUAUCAAUUUGAUGUGGAACGUUUUGGUACAAACAGAUUUUCAAAUGAUGACAGUUGUAUAUCUUUUUAUACAGGAUUUCCAACAUAUUUAUCUUUCAUAACAUUUUUCAAUGUAAUACAACCAUCAGCAAAAAAUAUGAAGAGUGCUUACUAUGAAGCAAGUGAAACUAUCAGCUUGGCUGGUCGAAAGAGAGGGAUGCAAUUAGUUGAUGAAAUGUUUAUGUUUUUCUGUCGCCUUCAUGCUGGUUUGUUAGAAAAAGACUUAAGUGUUAGAUUCAAUUGUUCAGUACCUACAGUUAGUAGAAAAAUUAUAACAUGGGCAAACUUUCUAUAUUUUAUACUAGCAGAUAUUCCAAUUUGGCUUUCCAGAAAUACAAUCCAAACAUUAAUGCCAGAAGAAUUCAAAGCACUGUAUCCUCGAACGCGUGUAGUAAUUGAUUGUACUGAACUGAGAACACAAACACCUUCUUCACUUGUGCUUAACUCUCAAGCGUUUUCAAAUUAUAAAGGGACAACAACAGUUAAAUGUUUGUUAGGCAUUGCCCCACAUGGUUCGGUAACAUUUGUGUCCACACUAUUUACAGGGUCAAUGUCUGAUGUAGAAAUUACGAAAUUGUCAGGUCUGUUGGAACUUAUUGAGCCUGGAGAUGAUAUUAUGGCUGAUAAAGGUUUUACUUUAAAAAAGGUACUGCAGGAAAAAGGAGCCACAUUAAAUAUUCCUGAUUUUUUAAGCAACAAAAGACAAUUUUCUGUGAGUGAAGUAGAAAACACCGAACAAAUUGCUGGACUGAGAAUACAUAUUGAACGUAUGAACAGAAGAAUUAAAGAAAACCAUUUAUUUGACACACCUAUACCUCUGUCAUUGAUUGGCUCUAUAAAUCAAUUAUGGACAGUGGCAUGCCUGACAGCAAAUUUUAAAGGACCACUUGUUAAGUCAUGGGCGUCAUAA